CCCGAACGAGAAUGGCCACACCUGCAGCCGACGACGAUCCCUUGGUGACGCUCACGAACUGCUUUCCCAGCGUUAUACUCGGUGGUUUGCUCAACACCUACACCUGUAAAGUGAACAAUGACCAAACACUGAUUGGUUUGGACCUCUCCGCCUCGUACUACACCCCAAUAGGUCUCAUUACUGGGUGGCCGGCGACUAUUGAUGUUGAAAACAAUAAAAUUACAUUCGUUCCUAAUGGUGGGGUGGCUUCAGGGCGUUGGGAUUUGGUCAUCACGCGGCCUUCUGGGGAUGAGGACUUUGACGUUCCUCUGACGACCAAUAAGAGCAUGGACUUCAUGCGCAUCGGUGCGACCCGUGCGAAUUUUGCUACACUCUAUCCAUAUUACGGUAUGGGUGUAUCGUUUGCACCCAAUCUUCCGAGUGGCACCAUGGCUUCCGACUACAUGCUGGUCCGCUCUUUCAAUGACUGCCAGUACACCACUACAACCUGCACUGACACUUUUGGGUGCUACAGAAUGCUGCCACCCGCGUAUCUUCCCCCUCCGGGCGAAUACUGGCUCUGUCUGACGUCAAAUGACUGGCAUGACAAAUACCUUCCGUGGGGUUUGUUCCCUCUUGAGGUGAAGCUGCUGUUGGCCACGCCGCUGUACUUGACAGCUGGUAAGGACAGAAAUGUCGUGCUGCAGGAAACGGAAUCUGUGGCCGGUGGGUUGGGUCGUGUGUUCCUAGUGCCAUGCCCUGGCAACGACUGCCCCCGUCUGACUACUGACAGUGGGGAAGAGGUGGUGCACCGUGAUGCGUGCGCUAGCACCUCCGUCUCG